CGUUCGGUUGCCCAGAAAUGCUGGUUCUACUGUUGAUUGAUGCUUGCUUGAAGCGAUCGAUUUGAAGGGGCUGAAUGAAUUUCAUGCUGCGAAAUCGCCUGCGUGCUUCUCAGCGCCUUUGUCGAAUAUAGGCUUGUGCAGUCUGCUGAUGAGCUUGUGGGAAUUCCGUGAUUUGGUGUGGUCGUUCGUUGUGCUUGGUGGAUGCUGAAAAGUACAAGGCUGCUAAUCAGAGAGCGAUAGAAACUCUCGAGAAGUAUGGAGCGACACGCAUGGAAGUAGAUGUCGAUGGAUCGUUGUUAUACCGCGAGGCUCAAGUUAAUUCGAAUGACAAGCAUUCCCGUCCAAAAGCACUUAACAUUGAGGAAGAACAGUUUUUGAGGAUGUUCUAUGAAAAUAAACUUCGAGAAGUUUGUGGAGCCUUUUACUUUCCACAUAAAAUUCAGGCAACAGCUCUCAUAUACUUCAAAAGGUUCUAUCUACAGUGGUCGGUCAUGGAACAUCACCCAAAGGACAUCAUCUUAACCUGCAUAUAUACAGCCUGUAAAAUAGAAGAAAAUCAUGUAUCUGCAGAGGAGCUUGGUAAGGGAAUCUCACAGGAUCAUCAAGUCAUUCUCAAUAACGAGAUGCUAGUUCUUCAGAGUUUAGAGUUUGAUCUUAUUGUAUAUGCGCCAUAUCGCUCAAUUGAAGGUUUCACAGAUGAUGUUGGGGAUUUCUGCCAUGCAGAUGAUGACCAGCUUCAAUUGCUAAAGGAAACUGCAAAAGAGGAAGUAGACAAAAGUAUGCUUACUGAUGCACCACUUCUCUUUCCUCCUGGACAGCUGGCAUUGGCGGCUUUGCGUCGUGCUAAUGAGGUGCAUAGAGUUCUUGACUAUGAGAGAUACCUAGAGAACAUGCUCGUACGCCAAAAUUCAAUCCACAGCAGCACAGAGCUCAUUGAACAUCUGAAUGCCAUAGAUUCCUCGGUUAGGACAUAUAAAUUCCCUUCUGAGAAGGAUAUGAAACACAUUAACAGGAAGCUGAGAUCUUGUUGGGGCCUUAGUUCACAUGAUGAUAGUAAGAAACGAGACAAGAAAUCAAAGCACAAAUCCAAGCAGAGUGCAGAUUAGAUGCAAGAUGGGUCGUCUCUUGCUUAACAGUGUCUGCACAGCUGACGUAUUGUCAUUAGUGCCACACUCGUCAAAAUAUGCAUCUACUGCGACCGUGGGUGCUGAACUCACUCUUCAAAGCAUGUUUUGCAUCACGGAAAA